CUGUUCAUACCGUUACGUUACUUCCGAUAUUCGAUAGUUGUGUUUUAGUAACAAUCAUUCUCACGCCAUGCUUUUUUGAAGUAAUAUAAUAUUUAAAAAAAUGGGUAAAAAAGGAAAAAUAAAAAGUGGCAAUUUAGGAAAAUCUUUGAUUAGAGAUCGUUUUAGUUCGUCUAGAAAUAAAAGAAAUGUUGAUUCAUCUAUGCUUCACACCACCGAAUUAAAUGAUGGUUACGAUUGGGGACGUCUCAAUCUUCAAUCUGUCACAGAAGAAAAUUCUUUUCAAGAAUUUCUUUCUACUGCAGAGUUAGCAGGAACCGAAUUUCAUGCCGAGAAAUUAAACAUCAAAUUUGUUAAUCCAAAAAGUGGAAUCGGAUUACUUUCGAAAGAUGAAAAAGAGAAAGUGUUGGAGUCACAAAAGAAAAAUAAAACACUUCUGAAAAUACCAAGAAGGCCAAAAUGGGAUAGUUCUACUACAGCUCAUGAAUUACAAAGCAAAGAAAGAGAAGAAUUUUUAGAAUGGAGACGUUCUCUUUCUAUGUUACAAGAAACAGAGGGAUUAAUGUUAACUCCAUAUGAAAAGAAUUUGGAAUUUUGGAGACAAUUAUGGAGAGUAGUAGAACGCAGUGAUAUUGUUGUACAGAUAGUUGAUGCGAGAAAUCCACUCCUCUUCCGUUGUGAAGAUUUGGAAUCAUAUGUUAAAGAAGUAGAUUCUAAAAAGAUGAAUAUAAUAUUGAUUAAUAAAGCAGAUUUUUUAACAGAAGAACAGAGACAAAUAUGGGCAGAAUAUUUCACAAAUAUUAAGUUAAAAGUUGCAUUUUUUUCUGCCAUAUUAGCAGUUGAAAAAGAGAAGAUAAAAGAUAUAAUAGAAGAAGAUUAUUCUGAAAAUGAACAAAAUAGUGACAUAGAAAAUGAUGACAGUGAUAAAUCAUUAUAUACUUCAGAAUUUGCUUCAGAAAGUGAAUAUGAAAGUGCAGAUGAUGGUAGUAAUAAUACCAAUAUUGAAAAUGAGAAAAAAAUAAAUUGUAAAGACAAUAAAAACAAUAUAAAUGAUUUAAAAAUUUCAGAAAAGAAAACAAAUAAAAAAAAUAUAGAAGACAAUACAGAGAUAAAAAAUUCAUCAGAAUUGUUAAGUAGAGAUCAAUUAGUAUUAUUUUUUAAAACAAUUUAUAAAGGUGAAACAUAUACAAAAGGAAUUACAACAAUUGGUUUAGUUGGUUAUCCAAAUGUAGGUAAGAGUUCUACAAUAAAUGCCUUGUUAAUGGACAAAAAAGUAUCAGUAUCUGCAACACCAGGUAAAACAAAGCAUUUUCAAACACUAUUCUUGGAUAAGGAUCUACUUCUUUGUGAUUGUCCUGGAUUAGUAAUGCCCUCUUUUGUUUGUACAAAAGCUGAAAUGAUUAUACAUGGUAUACUGCCAAUUGAUCAAAUGAAAGAUCAUGUACCUUCAAUUACAUUAUUGGGUACUUUAAUACCAAGGCAUAUUAUAGAGGAUCUUUAUGGGAUUAUGAUACCUCUACCAUUAGAAGGAGAAGAUUCUGAUCGUGCUCCAACUGCAGAAGAAAUUUUAAAUGCUUAUGGAUAUAGUAGAGGUUUCAUGACACAAAAUGGACAACCAGAUAAUCCACGCUCCGCACGAUAUCUUUUGAAAGAUUUUGUAAAUGGUAGAUUGUUAUAUUGUGUUGCACCACCAACAAUAGAACAAAAAAAAUUCCAUACAUUCCCUCCACGAAAAAGAAUAAUUUCUGAAAAUAAACAUUUACCGCCUAGAACGGUGCGCGCGAAUAAAGGAAGUAAAAUUACGCCAGAAGAUGUAGAUAAAGUAUUUUUUCAAAAUAAUAUUUCUAAUAUUCAUGUAAAAGGAGUGAUUGGAAAAAUGCAUAGUUUAUGCCGAUCUAGUUCUAACGAUAUAGGAUCAAUAACUGGUUCUACACAGAGUUUGUUGCUUGAAGAAAAACCAUGGAAAAAGAUUAACAAACAUUCGAAUAAAAAAAAACGCGAGAAAACAAGAAGAUUAUACGCUCAUCUUGAUCAACAUUGAUUUUAUGAAUAUUUAUAUUAUAUUGUGAGAAUUGAAGGCCUUUUCGCUAUAUAACAGCGGAUCAUAUUUUGUAAUAUACAAGUCUCUGUAUUCAUAAGCACAUCAGAGACUCAUAUCAGUUCUACAUACCACAAAUACAUUCUAA